AUGGAUUUACAAGAACAAUCAAAACCACAAAUUGUAUUUGAUGAAAAUAACAAUUUUCAAAAUUCUAUCAGUUCUAAUUAUGAAUGUAAAAAUUCUUUAGAAGAAAAAGUAGAGGAAAAUGAACAAGUGAUUAUUGUACCAGAUAUAAGUUCAGAUGAUGAAUAUUGGUGUUCAUCAUGUUCAUCAGUGAAUGAUUCGGAAUUAAUAUCAUUAGAUACUAGAAAAUUAUGGCAAGAUAUUGCUCAUAUUAUUAAAUGUAUUUAUCGAGAAACAAAUAGAGAAUUUGCAGAAAACCAUUCAACGAAUGAUAUAUGUAAAGCAAAACAAUAUGUACAGAUAUUAACUCAAUUAGAUGCUGAAUCUUUGUUUAAUAAUAUUGAAUCGAUUGUAUUAGAAUAUGUUAAUGAAAUACGAAAUCAAGUAUUAAAACGUUUUCAAACAUUUUCAAAAACAUCCAAUGAUGUACAUUUAUUUAUUUCAUAUUUUUUGGAUGAAUAUAAUACAUUUAUACAAGCAGCUAAAAAUGUUUCAACAAUUAUUUCUUAUUUAGAAGAACAUUAUAUGAAAUCGUUUCAUUUAACUUGGUUAUUAUAUAAUAAACAUUUAUAUGAAAAAUUAGUUUAUAUGGAUAAAAAAAUUCAACAUUCUAUGUCAACUAUGAUUGAUUUACUUCAACCAUCACAUGACAUUGAUAACAAUUAUUCACCGGCUGAAUAUACACAAUUAUUAAAUAGAUUUUUAACAUUCGAUGAAGAAAUGUCAGAAAUUGCUUGUUUAUAUAAAGAUUGCCAAACAAAAAUGACUUCGAUUUCACGAAAUUCUUUGAUUAAAAAACGAAAUCAAAUGGGUAUUAUUGUUACAACAAAAAAGAAGAAAAUAUGUAAAAAAGCACAGACAAUUAAAAAUAAACAACGAUUAACUAAGGAAAUUUUAAACAGUUCAACAACAAAUGCUCUGAACAUUCCAUCAUCCAAUAGUUCGUCGAUAGAACUUACCACAUGUCCACAAGGUUCAAAUGGCUCAUCAAUAUGUUCAGGUAUUGGUGGCAAAGAAUCUUCAUCAAUAUCAUCUUUUGAUGAAUAUCUACUCAAUAAUCAUACGUUAUCAUCAAGUUAUACUAAGGAAACACCUGAUAGUUUAAUUCAAAAUAAUAAUACUAAUGAUCUUCAUGAACAAUUACAUCAUGACAUAUUAAAUAAUAUUUCGUCUAUGACACAAAUUCAACAUGAAAUCGAUGAAUUAAAAUUAAAUGAAAAUAUAACAACAGAUGAUUGUGAACAAAAUACAAAAUUAAUAACAAAUCAAAUUACUAAAACCGAUAAAGAAAAAACAUCCAAUGGAACAUCAACAAAAAAAUCCAAAUCAAGAAAACAUUCAUCAAAUCAACGAAAGGAAAAUUCCACAACAACUUCAAAUAUUUCCUCUUCGUUUUUAUCAAAAACUUCUCUGAGUCCAAAUUUAAUUCUACCCCCUAAACCAUCAUCAUCGACAACAUCGAAAUUGGCAGUUGAUUUUCGUCCAUUAACUGUUCCUUUAUUAAAUAAAACAGAAAUUCCAACAUGUCCAUCACUUUUAUCAGCAAAAAUUCAAUCAGUUUCAUUUACAGCUGGAACAUUUGGUUCAAUAACAGCUAAUGAAUCUACUCCAUUGUCAUCUUCGAAACAAAAAAGUUUAAGUAUUAAUCUAUCAUGCAAACCAGGUUUAGAAUCAACUAAAUAUUUCCAUUAUCAGCUUGAUCAAUUGAAUUUUUUUAAUUUAGGUUCCUCAAUAAAAUCUGAUUCAACUAUUGCAUAUAAUAAUCUUAAUCAACUUCUUCGACAGGCUACUUCAACUAAUGAAAUUUCUGCAUUAUUAUCUUCAUUUGGAUCAUCAAAAACAAACGAUGAUUUACAAAAGCCUUCUUUUAAUGAUAAAGAUUAUGAUGAUUGUUGUUGUGAUUUAUUUUCCGAAUCUGAUUCUUCAGCUACAAAUGGUUGUGUAGCUUGUAUGUCUUUAGCAGCUAACACAACUCUCACGUGCGGUUUCAAUCAACGUGAUAUCGAAAUGAAGGAACGAUUAAAACUUAAAUUAACUAAGCGUACUGUAGAAAAUACUUCAGAUCAAUCAAAAUCACCUACUAGAAAUAAAUCAAAAAUCAAACAAUGUGAUAAUAAUAUUGAUGAUUUAGUUCGAUUCAUAGAUGGAAAUGAAACGGCAUCAGAUGGGUCAACAUCAAAAAAGAAUAAAAAGAAAAAAAAUAAACGAAUCAAAACAAAUCCAUCAAAUGAAGAUAUCAAUGAGAAAAAACAAAAUCUAUCAACACCGAAAAUUCCUAUUAUUGAUGCUCCACAAACUUUAUCAAAACGAAAACAAAAGGCUAAAGUAAAACUUGAACAGCAACAAAAACAAGACGAUGAAUCUUCGACAAAUAAACUUUCUACAUCAUCUAGAGAAACAUUUCCUUCUCAAAAAAUUGAUUCUAUCUCAACAAAUAUUGAUAUUUCAUCUGAAAGUUCUAUUCCAUCGGAAGUAGUAGAAGAAGAAGAAGAAGUAAAAUGGAUAACGAUUUCUCGUAAACAAAGUAAACAUAAAACAACACCAACACCUAAUCCAUCACAGCUUGCUGCAUCUGUUAUACCAUCGAAUAAUAUCCAACAGAAGCAACAAAGAACGUCGACUAAGACGAAAAACGCAAAUAUGUCAACUCUUGCUCCGCUAAAAUUAAUACCAGAAACAGUAUCAAAUAGUAAUAAAAAACAAAUACAAACCACUAUUUCAGAUGCACCACGUAUUCAACAUCUAGUGAAAAAUCAUAAUCCGCAAAAGCAGCAGCAAAACAUAGAACCACCAUCUGCUUGGACUGUUCAUCAACAAACUCAAGUAACACCAUCAUCGACUCUUCUUGCUACAACACCACCUUUUAUUCCAUCUUCUUCUCGCCUACUUUCGAAUAAAGUUAAUGAUGUUCUUCUACUUGACGGGUCACCAUCCUCUUCCUAUUUGGAUUCAAAUAGUUAUCUUCUUCCGUCAAGUUCUCUUCAACAUUCAAUUCCAACUUUUUCUCCAGCACCUGGUCCUCUAAAUAAAACAAAAUCUCGUUGUAUCCAACGACCUUCAUCUGAACCACGUUCUACUUCAUCUUCACUUUAUUCUUCAAUUAAUGAUAAUGUUAGUAAUUUAACUUCAACAUGGAAUGAUAUACCUAUAACCAAUUCUAACGAAUCCCAAUGGAUAUAUUCUGAUAAAGAACAAUUCCAAACAUCAACAAUUCCAAAUGAUUUUCCUCUUUAUGAUCCAUUUAAUAGUGGUGCUGGAUUUGCUAUUCUACCAUCAACAUUACCUACCAACGUUUUUCAAGAACAUAUAGAUGAUUUAUCUAUUCCACAGAACAAUGAUGUUGAUGAAAUGAAAGCAUUUGAAAAGGAAAUCGGAGAUUUUAGAAAAUUUUAUAUUGAUGAUAUUCCAAUAAAUCCCCGUUAA